ACUGGCUGCCGGGGGUGCGGGCCCGGGGCGGGGCGGGUGGUGUCCGCGGAGCCGUGUUCUCGGCGCCUCCGAUCCUUCCCUCUCCGCCGGCGCCCGCGGCCCAGCGAGGACCGGCUCUCGGAGCUGCGGGGCGGGAGCCGGCGUGUCCUCCUCGCCGCGCGCGGGUGGAGGCCGGGCGCCUGCGGGCCGGGCCUGAGGGCGCCCUCCAUGGCGGGGCCGCGGGUGGAGGUGGACGGCGGGCUCCUGGAAGGGGGCGGCCAGAUCCUGAGGGUGUCCACGGCGCUGAGCUGCCUCCUGGGGCUCCCGUUGCGGGUGCAGAAGAUCCGAGCCGGCCGCAGCACGCCCGGCCUGCGGCCUCAGCACUUAUCCGGACUGGAGAUGAUUCGAGACCUGUGCGCUGGGCAACUGGAGGGGGCGGACAUCGGCUCCACGGAGAUCACGUUUACUCCCGGGAAGAUCCAAGGUGGGAGCCACACAGCAGACACCAAGACAGCAGGGAGCGUGUGCCUCUUGCUGCAGGUGUCCCUGCCCUGCGUCCUGUUCGCCGCGUCUCCCUCCGAGCUGCGCCUGCGAGGCGGGACCAAUGCCGAGAUGGCCCCGCAGAUCGACUACACGGCCAUGGUUUUCAAGCCAAUUGCUGAAAAGUUUGGUUUCAAGUUCAAUUGUGACAUUAAGAUGAGGGGCUACUACCCGAAAGGGGGUGGUGAAGUGAUCGUCCAGGUGUCUCCAGUGAAACAGCUGAACCCGAUAAACAUCACCGAGCGCGGCUCCGUGACGAAGAUAUCCGGGAGGGCUUUUGUGGCCGGCGCUUUGCCAUUUAAAGUAGCGAAGGAGAUGGCGGCGGCGGCCGUGAGGUGCCUCCGGAAGGAGUUCAGGGACCUGUACGUGAACAUCCAGCCGGUCCAGGAGCCCCGAGACCUCGCCUUCGGCAACGGCAGUGGGAUCAUCAUUGUUGCUGAGACGUCCACGGGCUGCCUGCUGGCGGGGUCGGCGCUGGGCAAACGAGGUGUCAGCACAGACAAGGUUGGCAUCGACGCGGCCGAGAUGCUCCUGGCCAACCUCCGGCACGGCGGGGCCGUGGACGAGUAUCUGCAGGACCAGCUGAUCAUUUUCAUGGCACUGGCCAGCGGGGUUUCCCGAAUGAAAACGGGACCCGUGACCCUCCACACGCAGACGGCUAUACAUUUUGCCGAACAACUAGCAAAGGCCAAGUUCACGGUGAAGAAGUCCGAAGAGGAAGGAGAUGCCUCCAAGGACGCCUACAUCAUCGAGUGCCAAGGGGUCGCGAUGACGAACCCAAACCUGUAGGGGCGCUGCCUUGGGAACGCACCGCGGCCAUCCACCGCACCCACUCGUGUCAUACGUCCCGCAAGACGACGCGUCGGGAGUCCUUGAGAAGGGACCCACUUGCACUCGAGGCGGAGUCCGGAGUGUUCUAGAUCUGCUGGGACCGCGCCGUCGAGUUCGCCUGACUCGAGUGUCCCCGGCACGUGGACAGGGAGCUGUCCGCGCGGGCGGGUGUCUGACGGCUGGUUUCAGGGUGGAAGUGUCGGUAUAAAACGUUCUGUUCUCCCGGA